AUGGAGGAGCUAGCACCCCUGGCAAACCUGACACAACUGCCGAGCGCCUCCAUGAUCAGGAAAAACGGAAAACCAGCAGACAAUUUAAUGGUAGAUCUAAGAGAAAUACAUCAAAUGAUUUUAUUUUCUAUGUGUUUGGUCCUGGCUUUUAAAGAUGUUUUAAGUUUCAAAAAUAAAUGGGAUGGUGCUCUAAACUUCAGUUGUCGAUCCCCAACUGAGUUUAUUGAUGCAAUAGUAUCAUUUCACCACAACCAUUACGAAGACAGAAGAUACGAACUCCAUUGUGGUACAGCUCUAAAACAAGAGAAGGAUAUAAACUGUCAUUGGACAGGAUACGUCAACGACUUUGACCACGCAGUCCACUACCGGUGUCCGGGUGCAGGGUACAUCAACGGUAUGGCAAGCUAUCACCACAAUGCUUAUGAAGAUAGACGCCAUAGAUUCCGUUGCUGCGGCCCCCGAAGUUUAAAUUAUCAAUACAAAGAGUGUCGUUGGACAGGAUGGGUGAAUAAUUAUGACCAACCUGUUGUAUAUUUCGUACCAAAGGGUCAUGUUCUGCGUGGUGUCAACAGUGUCCAUCACAAUCAUUAUGAGGAUCGGCGAUUCCAGUUUGAAGUUUGUAAAUUGGUCAAAAAGUAGUGCACUCAUCUGAAAAAAAAAAGGGUCU